GUAAUCUGUAAUUCAAACUUACUCGUGGAAUUCCUCGUUGCAGUACGAGAAUUUAAAGUUUAUUUCUUGUGAUAAUUUGAUAAUCAUAACAAUUAAUAAUUGUUUAUCGCUAAUAAUUGAAAACUAACUUUGUGGGGAUUUGCUAUUUUUUACAUUAAAUCUGAUAUGAGUGUGUCCGUGGAAGAGGAGAAUGGAGCCGCCGUUGAGAAGGGGACCAUUAGGGCGAUGGAAAUCAGCUUAGGAGACGUAGAUAAGACCAAAGCCAUUUUUGACGAGGUUUCUCAUAGAACAAAAGACUGUGCGGCACUGGUGGCAGCUUUAGCACACAAAGUAAAGGGGAAAGAAAUGACGACGGCAAAGGGUAUAAGUUUUCUGGAAAUGAAAAAUCACUUGCUUCUUCAGUACCUUCUUGGGUUAGGUGGGGUUGUGAUGACAAAAUUGACGGGGAAUAGUUUGAGAGAUGGUUGUUUUGUUGACCAGCUUGUCGAACUUAGAGUUAUACUGGAGAAGAUUAAACCAAUUGACAAUAAGUUAAAAUAUCAGAUUGAUAAGCUUAUUCGGAACGCAUCUGAUAAACAGCCAGAAUCCGACCCCUUGAUGCAUAAAGCUAAUUUGGACAAUUUAAAUCCGGACGACAGUGAUGUCGAAGAUCAGGAUAAUGAGAGACCAAGCGGCAAAAAAGACGUAUAUAUGCCCCCGAAAGUUGCAGCUCAACCUUAUGACGAAGAAGACGAAACUCCUGCCAAACAAAUGGAAAAAGUGAGAAAGAAAUCCAUUAACCGUCUUCUAAUUCGUGAAUUACAAGAGGAAUUCUUGGAGACCCCAACCGAGAUAUUUAACAAAGGCGAAGGAUUCUCCUCGGAUCACUUAUCUCGACAUACCAAAGACAAACAACGAUACGAAGAAACAUAUUUAACUCGGCUGCCAGAAACUAAGAAAGAUAAGCAUAUUGCCAGAGCAAUUUCGACUAUGGGCGUUCUUGGAGAUGAAAUAACUGAUUUUCGACCUAGAAAAUCCUCUGCAGCUUCUGCUGGCAAGAAGAAAUCACUGAAACGAAAAAAAUCUACCAGCGGAGGCAGUAAGAAAAGGUUUAGGAAAAAGUAGCACUAUACACAAAUUCGUAAAAGUUUUAUAUACAUUUUAAUCAAUUUUAUUGAUUAAGAACAUAAUGUCACUUCUGAAAUAAAAUAUACAAUAAGUUCGUGUUAACCACA